AUGGUCCGUAUGGCGAUAAGCAAGAUAUCCUGGGAAGGCCAUGUCCUUCGGCCGGUCCAGAACGCUCCUCCCUCUAUAAUACCGACGCUGAUAUAUGGGACCGCAUGGAAGAAAACCCGGACUGCUGAUCUGGUUCACCAGGCUCUCAGAACUGGCUUCCGGGCCGUGGAUACAGCUGCCCAACCAAAACACUAUCGGGAGGAUUUAGUGGGAGAGGGCAUUCGCAGGGCCUUCAAAGAUGGCGCCAUCCAGCGCAAAGAUCUCCAUAUUCAAACAAAGUUCACCUCUGUUCGGGGCCAGGACCCCAAGGAUAUGCCCUACGAUCCGAAAACAUCCGUCACAGACCAGGUUCAUGCCUCGAUUCGAUCAUCGCUGCAUAACCUCCGCGCGGACGAUGCGCCGGAAAGUGCCGACGAGGCGUACAUUGACAUGCUUAUCCUCCACUCGCCUUUGCCCACCAUGGCGCAGACGCUCGAGGCCUGGCAGACCUUCGAGGCUUACGUACCGCACCGGAUCCGCAAUCUGGGGAUAUCAAAUACCGACUUGCCCACGUUAAAGGAGCUGUUUACCCACGCGCAGGUGAAGCCCUCGGUAGUGCAGAAUCGAUUCUAUGCCGACACGCAGUAUGAUGUCGCGCUGCGUGCUUUCUGCCGCGAGCAGCACAUCAUCUAUCAGAGCUUCUGGACGCUGACAGCCAACCCUGACCUUAUACGUUCCAACGCCGUACAGUCUCUGGCUCAGCAGGCAGAGCUCUCCCCGGCGGCAGCUCUCUACUGUCUGGUCUUAGGCUUGGGAUACACCACCAUCCUGGAUGGGACCACUAACCCGGCUCGGAUGGAAGAGGAUCUGAUAGCCCUCAAGAAGAUGGAACGAUUUUCUGGCCAGCAACCAGAACCGUGGCAGACAACCCUGGCAGAGUUCCGACAAUCGAUCAGGGAAUAG